UAUAUUUAUACCUUGAUCUAAACAUCUUCUUCCAGUGAGGAUAGGAUAUAUGGAGAGCAAUCCCUUGCGUCAACAGAUAGCUAAUAUGAGGCAAUCCCUGUUUGAUGAGAAAAUGCUUGAUGAACACUACCUAAUAGUGGAGCAAUUGGAAGAUAAAAACAAUCCCAACUUUGCAGAGGACAUCAUGGCCAUGUAUUUUAGGGACUCAACUCAACUCAUAGCUAACCUUGAACAAGCUUUGGAGAAAGAGAAACCCCACCAUGAUUUCAUUGUCAUGGAAAAACAACUCUAUCAGCUCGCAGGAAGUAGCGCAAGCGUUGGCGCAAACCAAGUAAGCAUUGAAGUCGAUAAUAUGAGAAAAUGCACACGAGAACAUGACAUUGAAAGGAUGAAGACGACCCUCCAACAAGUUAAAAAAGAGCAUGAGAAAUUACGAGGACGAAUUGAACCUUAUUUCCAGCUACUGCGACAAGUUGGGCCUGUUGAAACAGCUCAGAGGCCUAGUUAAUCAACCGAAGUAAUAGAUUUACUAACUUACAGUAGCAAGCAUCUCAGAGACUCUCACAAAAGUAUCCCAUACUCUAUCAAAGUUGGGCCUGUUGAAAUAGCUCAGAGGCCCAUUACAUCACAAACUUCUUGUUCUUCUGUUCCAUAAAAAUAGUUGUUAUAUCAAAGUAAAGAUUAAUCGGAAGUUUGACAUUAAUGUCGAGUAAAUUAAAAUGUCAUUGUAAAUUCGUUUUUAUUUAUUUAUUAUUAUUAUUUUUUUUUAUGGUUGAAUCAUUGUAAUUUCGUUUUGUUUGAGGAUAAUUUAUUAAUGUAUUAAGUCAUUAUUUCACAUAUAAUUCUUGUAAUGGUUGUUGGCAAUAAAACUAUU